GGGAUAAUCUUGGCCUGCUAGAUUUGCAAACAGAAGGAAAAUCUCUCAGAUGAUAUUGGAUCCUCAGAAUCUCAGCUUUUGGCCUUUUUUUGGCUUUCCUUAUUUAAAGCAAAAGCUUCUCUUUUUCUCUCUCUUUCUCUAUAAACAACCCGCCUCCAAACUUUUCCCAUCUCUCUCAUCAGAAUAUUUUUCCAACACUUUUAACUCUUAGAAAAAAAAAUAAAAAUAGAAAAAACCAAUUUCACUAUGGCCUCCGCUGGUGAAGUUUUGAGGAGAAAGUCGCUGGAAAAUGUUGAGAUUUCCGAUCAACAGCUUCAUGUUCUUGCCGUUGAUGAUAGUCAUGUUGAUAGGAAGGUCAUUGAGCGCUUGCUUAAGAUCUCUGCUUGUAAAGUUACUGCUGUGGAGAGUGGGACUAGAGCUCUGCAAUAUCUGGGCUUAGAUGGGGAGAAGAGCUCUGUUGGGUUGGAUGGUUUGAAAGUAAAUCUGAUAAUAACGGACUACUCAAUGCCAGGGAUGACAGGGUAUGAAUUACUUAAGAAAAUCAAGGAAUCAACGGCAUUCAGAGAGGUUCCUGUUGUGAUAAUGUCUUCUGAGAACAUCAUAACACGCAUUGAUAGGUGUUUAGAGGAAGGGGCAGAAGAGUUCAUAGUGAAGCCUGUAAAACUAUCAGACGUGAAUCGUUUGAAGAAUUUCAUAAUGAAAGGGGAAGGAAAAGAAAUCAGGGAGGAGAAAAGUUGCAAGAGAAAGCUUCAAGAUGAGGGUAGUCGUUUAUCAUCAUCACCUCCAUCACCACCACCAUCUCGGUCACCUUCUUCAUCACCUUCAUCACCAUCAUCGCCAUUGUUACCUCUAUGCUCCACAAAGAGAUGCAGAUUGCAUGAUAAUACAUAUUAGUUUUAAGGAUUUUGGAUGGCAGAAUUUUGUCAUUUCCAAUAUAAUUACACGCCAUUCCUGGUUUAAUUGAGGGAUUUCUUUUGUUAAUCACAUCCAAUAUCACCCAACUUUUGUAAAUGACAAACUUGAAGAUUCCAUGAGGACAAAGAGAAAGGAAAAUGGAAAAAGAAGAUUUGACUUGGGAAGUAUAGGGCUUUUUUUGUUUCUACAAUUUAUUCAUUAUGUAUAUUAAAUUUCAUUAGAUUAAAUGAAAUCCUAAGUUUUUUGUUU